UUAUUAAAUAUAUAUAUUUCUUUUAACAGCAUUGGAGCACAGAGAAAUGGCAAAAGUUGUCAGAUGCUGCUCAGACGAACCGGAACACCCGUGAUUCCAAUGGGAAGACAUCAAGGCAUACGGCUGAAAUCACAACUGGGUAAAGAUCCCGAAUUUUGUGAUCUAUACGCGAAGACACAUGGCACUAGUGAGUCGAAGAUAAGAUAUUUCGAGGGAGAACGUGACAAUAUAGAAUAUUGCUCUGAAACAGCCAAACAUGCAAAAGAUGCAUAUCUAGAAGGGUUAGUAAUGAAAUAUGUAGAAGACCCGGCAAACCACAAGCACGAUGCAGAGGUAUGGGUUGAAAGCCAAAUUCGGAGAACAGAAGGAAAAAAAAACGGUCAUAUAUAUUGUAUAGGAGCAUCAGAUGCCAAUUUUGUGGUUUGUGGGAUAACAUCUUCUGAAUCUACCCAGUCCACCCAAUCCAACAACAACACACAAGAAGAGGUUGAUAGGUUACGUGAAGAAGUUUCUAACAUGCGACAAUUACAAGAAAAAAUGGUACAACAAAUGGAAAGGAUGGCGAGGAUGAUGAACGAUACAACAAAUCAAGCCAAUAAUCCCCCUCAUACUCCACCCGAGGAUGGUGUAUAAGUUAUGCAUGUUGGUAUUUGGAAUGAAUGUUUGUUAAUUUUUAGUUGGUAUGAAUGUUGUGAUAAUGGAGCAAAUGAACGUGUCCACUUAUUUUGCAAACUUGGUGUAUUUGGAAACCUUUUUGUGUAUUUUGAAACCUUAAUUGUAGUG